ACAUGUGUUUCUGGGCGUGCUAGGUACACAGAUACGGUACCUACGGCACCUGCCUGGAUCUUCCAUCUAUCCCCAUAAGCAAUUAUAUUCCCAAUCCCCCUCCUGAUUCUGAGGCUUCAGGGACUCCGCGAGCUUGCAAUAAUGGCAGACCAGAGGUUCGAGCUAUUCACCUCAUUGCGUUAUGACCCUCGCCUGAUGCCCGUCCCAAGCUUCCAUGGCUGUGGAGACAAUGGCGGCUGGAACUUCUCAAAGCCCUCGCCCUUGUACAUGCUGGAUUUCCACCGAGACCGCAUGCUGAGGGCUGCAACUCACUGGGGCUGGGCCCGUGCUGUCAAUGCUAUUGCUGGCGAAGAGGGCUUGGAGAGGUUAGAAGCCUUCAUCAUGGGUCUCCCCGAACUUGGCGACCGUCCCCUCAGGGUCAAGGUGACCUUAUCCAAGGAAGGGCAGUUCGGGUACGAGGCAAAUCCAGUGUCAGAAGUUCUUCUGGCGAAUCUCUUCCCCACGCUGCUUCCUCCUCCAUCAGAGAGCUCCGGGGCCGCUGGCCCAGGCUCCGAUGGCGCGCCCGCAAAAGAGCCCGUUUAUACAGUCGUAGCCGACCUAGAACAAACGGCCCAGUCAGAAUACACACACUAUAAAACCACCAAGCGCGACAUGUACGACGCUGCAAGACUACGAGCGGGCAUCGCGAUGCCCGAGAAAGAGGUCCUUCUCGUGAACGCGGCCAACGGGAAUAUCAUGGAGGGAAGCCUGACCACACCGUAUCUAUGGAGAGGUGGCCGAUGGGUGACGCCGCCUGUUACACCCAAGUUCAGUCCUGAUAAGGGGAGCGGCGGACAGGACGGAACGACCCGGAGAUGGUCGCUAGCAAGGGGCCUCUGUGUUGAAGAGGCCAUCAACGCUUCAACCUUGAUCGAGGGAGAAGAGUGCUGGAUUAGCAACGGCGUCAGGGGAUUCAUGUUUGGAAGAAUAUCUCUUGCGACCUAGGAAGAGAGGCGACUCGGUCCCAUUCUGCCAGACUGUAUCCAUGCCAUGUUAUCAGGACUAGCGUGACGUGCGUUAUACGGUGCGCACAGUGAAACAGCCCGGGAUUCUUCAUUCCGUCAAAUCCUAGGCGCCCCAAAGUUGAGACAGUAUUGAGGACUCCGCACGCAUUACAGCGAUGCCGAGCAUGGAGCACCCCACGCCCAUUACAAAAAAGGUGGCAGUUGUAUAGCACGUCCUAAAGAUUAAGAUUGCUAGUGAGUGCUGUGAGCUUUCCUAUUCUUGUUUUUAUAUUCCUACUAUUAUUCCCACUAGUAUUCCUGUUUUUAUUGUUGUUUUUAUUCCUUUUUUUAUACCUAGUCCUAUUCCUAUUCUUAAAAGCAACUGCCUUUUUUUUGGUGGGCGUGCACCCCAUUGCCUAAGCCUCUCCUACGGCGACACUUCUCUAUGAUGCAGGUGCAGCCGAAUCUUACAGGUUUCCUAUUAAAUCGGUGUUUCUCGUCCGAGUGAGCACUGGCCUUUCUGCGCGGGUUGCAUGUUCCUCGACUCCCCUGGUGGCAUAUGUUACUUCAGGUUUGACGCAUCCGACCGACGUUUAGACGACCAACAGAUAUAUAAAGGCCGUUUUCAAGCAGUGCUUCGCUUCUACAGAACAGUCACUUCCUCCAGCUCCUGUUUGCACAUGUUGUUUGCAGGCUCUAAGCACACAUUCUUG